GAGAGAUAAAAGAAAGGCUUGAUGAGUACUACUCAAGAAACAAUGAGACUCCUCAUGAUAUUGAUCAUCUGUAUACUAGUCUUGAUCCCAUUUGGGACUCCGCAAGAUAAUGUUCCAAUUGUGCCGGCCGUUUAUGUUUUUGGGGACUCAACCGUAGAUCCUGGCAACAUGAUUGGCAUCCGUGAUCCGAUUUAUGGCAACAAUAUAGCUGACUCCAUGGCUUCUUAUCUCGGAAUUCCAAUAGUUCCGGGUUACAUCAGUAUAUACCGAGAUCACUCCAAAAUGAGUAACGCGACUGGAGUCAAUUACGCCUACCCGGAUGCGGGCAUUCUUCCCGAAACUCCAUACCCGGGCAAGAAUAUUGUAAGGAGCAAGAAUCAACUUCAUUUUCCGCCAUCUUGUGUAUGCUAGUUGAACUAAAAUAUUGUUUCGCUUUACAGUUUGAGGAGGACUGGAGCUUCGAUGGACAGUUGUCCAAGUUUAACCAAACUUUGCGGAAUGAUCUGCCCCAGAUCAUGGACCAAGAGGAUCUUCUUUACCACAUGUCCCAUUCCAUAUUCAUCGUUUCCUUUGGAAACAAUGAUUUUAUGGCUAACUACCUACCCCCGAGCAACGGCACGUUCAGCACUUUGUUGCCGGAAACAUUUGGGAAAGUGCUUCUGGAUGCAUUCUCAAUUCGGCUAACGGCUCUCUACAAGUUGGGAGCGAGGAAGAUGGUCGUAAACAACGUUUGGCCACUUGGAUGCACACCACAUUACAUCAAAUCAUCAGACGCCUUGGACAGCUGCAACAUGACAGUGAAUCGAUAUCUGCUACCUUAUAGCACCGGUAUUCCCGGAAUGCUUAGCGGUCUGGCCUCCUCUCUCGCCGGUUCGUCUUUCUCAAACUCGGAUAAUUUCGAGUUUGUGAGAGAUUUGAAGAAAAACCCGGCAACCUACGGUAAUCAGUCUAACAAUGAUCAAAUCUGAUAUAUGCUUAGUUAAGUUUUUGCCUCAUAACCUUUAUGGCACGCGUAACAUAUGUGUGUUUAUUUUUGUAUGCAGGCAUAACAGACACUACGGGACAAUGUAGGGG